AUGACGCUGUGCAGUGAAAACCAAGGUAAAUUGGAAGCUGCAGGGCCGAACUGCCUUCUCUCAGUCAGGGCAAUCAACAUCGGUACAUGGAACGUGAGGACCUUGUACGAAGCGGGGAAGAUAGCGCAAGUGACAGCAGAGAUGCGGGGUUACAACCUCACCCUGCUUGGAAUCAGCGAAACUCGAUGGACGCAGUCCGGACAGAAGAGGCUGAUCACUGGCGAGAUGCUGCUGUACUCGGGACAUGAGGAGGAAAACGCCCCCCACACACAAGGAGUAGCGCUGAUGUUGUCAAGAACAGCACAACGAGCACUCACUGGAUGGGAAGCCCACGGCCCAAGGAUCAUAACAGCAUCUUUUCGAACAAAGAAGAAGAAGAUCACCAUGAAUGUUGUGCAGUGCUAUGCACCCACAAAUGACAGUGAGGAGGGAGAUAAGGAGCAGUUUUAUAACAGAUUGCAGUCCAUAUUGGAGAGUUACUCAGAGAAAGAUGUCACCAUCCUGAUGGGGGAUUUUAAUGCCAAGGUGGGGAAGGAUAACAUCGGGUAUGAGGAAGUUAUGGGAAGGCAUGGACUUGGCAACAUGAAUGAAAAUGGUGGGAGGUUUGCAGAUCUGUGUGCUCUAAAUAACCUGGUGAUCGGCGGUAGCGUCUUCGCACAUAGGAGGAUACACAAGGCAACCUGGGUGUCACCUGACGGCUUCACCGAGAACCAGAUAGACCACAUCUGCAUCAUCAGGAAAUUCAGAAGAUCCCUACAGGAUGUUAGAGCGAAGCGAGGAGCGGACGUUGCAUCAGAUCACCAUCUAGUAGUGGCAAGACUGAAGCUGCAGUUGAAGAAGGAGUGGAUGGCAACUACAGCACAGAGGCACAAGUACAACACCUGCUUUUUGAGGGACACACAUAAGCUGGAGGAAUUUAGGGUGGCUUUGAGCAACAAGUUCCAAAUACUGCAAGAAGUAGAGGAGGAGGAGGAUACAGUGGAUAACAGAUGGAAAAGAGUGAAAGAGACCAUAACAACAACAUGUAGGGAGGUCCUUGGACACUCGAAAUGCCAGCACAAGGAGUGGUUGUCAACAGAGACAUUAAGGAAGAUUCAGGAAAGGAAAAAGAAGAAAGCAGCCCUUAACAACAGCAGAACAAGAGCAGAGAAGGUGAAGGCACAAGAAGUUUUCACAGCUGCCAAUAAAGAGGUAAAGAAGUGUAUUAGAACCGAUAAGCGGAACUAUGUUGAUGGUCUGGCAUCCGAAGCAGAAGAACCAGCAAGAAAUGGAAAUAUGAAAGAUCUGUACUCCAUCACAAAGACGCUGUCAGGGAAGUUCUGCAAGCCAGGUAGGCCAGUGAAAGACAAGGAGGGGAAGAUAUUGAAGGGAGAGGAACAACAAAUGGAUAGAUGGAGGGAACACUUUGAAGAACUGUUAAACAGGCAAAUGCCAACAAACCCGCCAAACAUCAAUCCAGCAGCAGAGGACUUGCCAAUAGACUGCAGUGUGCCCACCAGAGAAGAGAUCCGCAAGGCAGUAGGCCAGCAGAGAAACGGCAAGGCAGCAGGUCCUGACAGUAUACCAACAGAAGCAUUGAAGGCAGAUCUGGAAACAACGGUAGAGAUACUGUUCCCUUUGUUCAAGAAAAUCUGGGAGGAAAAUCAGGUGCCCACAGAAUGGAAGGAGGGAUACAUUAUAAAGCUACCUAAGAAAGGCGACCUCAGCAAGUGUGACAGCUACCGAGGGAUUACGCUACUGUCUGUUCCAGGAAAAGUGUUCAACAGGAUCAUCCUGAAUAGAAUUAAGGACCAGGUGGACACCCAACUCCGUGACCAGCAGGCAGGCUUUAGAAAAGACAGAUCCUGUACGGAUCAGAUCGCCACCCUCCGUAUCAUUGUCGAACAGUCACUGGAGUGGAACUCUCUUCUCCACAUUACCUUCGUAGACUUUGAGAAGGCUUUUGAUAGCCUGGAUAGGAGUGCCCUUUGGAACCUUCUCCGACAUUAUGGUGUGCCAGCCAAGAUCGUCAACAUUAUCCAAAACUCGUAUGGCGGUAUGACGAGCAGAGUGGUCCAUGGAGGGAAGCUUACGGAGAACUUCGAAGUGAGAACCGGGGUUCGUCAGGGAUGCCUGCUCUCGCCCUUUCUCUUCUUGCUAGCCAUUGAUUGGAUAAUGAAGACUACAACGGAACAUACAAAAACAGGAAUCCAGUGGACACCAUUUACACAACUCGACGACCUGGAUUUUGCGGAUGAUUUGGCCUUGCUAUCCCACACCCGACAGCAGAUGCAAGACAAGAUAAAUAGCAUAGCUGCCACCUCCGCUCAAGUAGGUCUGAACAUCAAUAAACAUAAGACAAAGAUCCUCAAGGUAAAUAACAUCAAAAACGACCCAGUCCUGUUGGACGGAGAAGCGCUAGAAGAAGUAGAGGCCUUCACCUACCUGGGCAGUGUCAUCGAUAAGCAGGGUGGAACAGACGCCGACGUCAAGGCACGAAUACGUAAAGCAAGAGCAGCCUUCAUACAGCUGAGGAACAUCUGGAGCUCGAAGGAACUGGGCCUAAGGACAAAGGUCAGGCUGUUCAAUACCAAUGUCAAGACCGUCCUUCUCUAUGGUGCAGAGACAUGGAGGAAAACAGUGGCGACGACGAAGAAAGUUCAGACCUUUAUCAAUUCCUGUAUGCGAAAAAUCCUCCUGAUCCGCUGGCCAAAUACCAUCAGCAACCAUGACCUUUGGCAAAAAACCAAUCAGCUUCCUGCAGAAGAUGAGAUCCUAAAACGACGCUGGAGAUGGAUUGGCCAUACGCUCCGCAAGCCAGCUUCCAGUAUCACCAGGCAAGCACUCAACUGGAACCCCCCAGGAAAGAGAAAAAGAGGAAGGCCGAGAAAUACAUGGCGCCGAGAUUUGGUAGCUGAUACCAAAGAAUUUGGAUAUACCUGGAGUCAGCUGGAGAGAAAAGCCCAAGACAGGGAUGCCUGGAGAGCUCUUGUCGGCGGCCUAUGCCCCAGGAGGGGUAGCAGGCAUAACCCCCAGAGCCGGAGAGUCGCGAGUCUGCAAUGUUUCCGGCAGGUCUGCGAAUCUGCAGUGUUUCCGGCUCUGAGUGAGAAUCUCAGGCCAGUUCGCGGCUCACGCAGAUCAGCCGAUUACGAGUGGAUCUGUAGAGCGAGCGAAGUCUCAUCAAUAAUGUUGAAAGAGAUGCCAAAGCAAGGAAAGCCAGAUUCAUUCUGGACCGGUGUCAUGAUGCAGUUUGCCCAGGGGAAAUAUAAAUUUUUCACUGGCCAGAGACCUGGGAGCAGACGUUGGAAGGCAGUGUUAGAGAGGAUAAAGAAUUGUCCGCUGACCCCUACAUAUGGCCUAACGUCAGGACAACAGACAGGGGCCACAGCAGGUGCACAGCAGACAGGGACCGCAGCAGGUCCACAGCAGACAGGGACCAUAGCAGGUCCACAGCAGACAGGGACCGCAGCAGGUCCACAGCAGACAGGGACCGCAACAGGUCCACAGACAGGGACCGCAACAGGUCCACUGCAGACAGGGACCGCAGCAGGUCCACAGCAGACAGGGACCAGUGAUAAUAGUAUGACAUGCUCCCUUUGUGCUCAGGAAGUUCUCUCUGACCAGUUUACACAGCAUCUGUCAGACUUCCAUGUCCAGGAGCAGUGUGAGCACUGCGGCACAAAGGCCAUGGGUGCUGUCAGGUUAUCAGAGCACCUUGAGAAGUGUCAUGUCUUAACCUCACCUUCAACCCCUUCAGCCCGUCCCUCCACUACCCCAGCCCAAGAGAUGACACCGACACCAAUCGUCUCUCCCCGAGAUGCUCCAGCUACAGUCUGCCUCACAGCCCAGGAGACAACACCAACCAUCUGUCUCCAAGUUGCUCCUGCUCCUACCCCUUCCACACUAUCUGAGAUGGCGCCAGCGACUCAGAGUGGCACACCACUUCCUUCUUCUCCUGCUUCUGCUCCUCCUCCAGCAGCACCAGGACUACCAGUCCCUCUGCGCUUUCCAGAGAGGGCAACUGAGACAGAAUGUCAGGGAAAAUUGGCACCACCCCCAAGCCCAAUCAGAUCUGUGGCACCUCCAAACCCACAUGAUUACUUUCGACAGAGGAUGUUCCUGUGGGCACCAAUGCGCAUGUGGGGCAUCCCUUUGAAAUGUACUCAGUGCAACCGAAAGAUGCACCACUCUGGCAUUUACACCAAGGUCAGAGAGGUAAUUGAUGUGGACAGCAAGUAUUAUUUAAUAGGGGGAGACUACCCAAGGUGCAGCCAGUGCAAACUACCUGUCUGUCCUUGGAGUAGUGAGAUUUUAAAGCAACUGGACCCCUCUAACCGCAACAAAUUCCCUGCUGUGUUGACUACACAUUUGGCACUGGACAGGAAAUGUGUGACACUUUUGCAUCCUAGAACAGCAGGGAAUAGCUCCAGUUACCUGCAGCAGGCAUUUCAAUAG